CCCCACAAUUGCUACUGUAACUAGAGCUGACAGACUGAGCCAGUUUCGGUUUAUGCCAUUAUCGAGUUCCAUCAUUGCAUAGAUCGUCUUGUGCGGUGGUUGAAGUUUCACAUCGGAGUGUUCUAUGCUAUGGCAGCUUGCUUCCUUCCAGGCUUAAGAUAAAGGCUUCACCAUAAAGAUUUCAGCUCAGCUCGUGUAGUCCUCUUACUGUGGUUUUGCUUGAAGCACUGGGGUUUCCGGCUUCAAUCGUAUUCCUUGAUCUUUUGUGGUUUCCGUUGUCUUGGCAUCUUUCAAUCCCUUCAGUACGAUUUAGACCGCGCUGAUGUACUUGAGUUUGUGCAACUUGCAGUCAUCCGUAUUACUUGGCUUCAGUUGGUAGACUUGUGUUUUGAGUGUGUAGUGGCAAAUUUCUUGCACCCAAAUCCGGGUUUUAUUCAUCGCUUUUCUUCUUGAAGAACGUUUGACAAGUGACGAUCUUGGAGCAUACUGGUCUGAGGUGACUGUUCUUUUCUUAUUUGGUGUCCGUGGAUAUCAACGCUGGCCACUUACGGGAAGAAGAGUGUCACUUCCUCACAAACGCCCGGUUUGUCCCAGUGGACAUCACGGCUUUGCAAAUCGAUCACCGUGUCCGUAUGAGUGAAAACCUCUACCUCGCAGGAAUUCAACAAUCUCAACUCUUCUCGUCUUCUCCCUCUUUGCACGGCGGCCGGGGGGCCACCCCUAGUGAAGGCGGUCGUCCCUCAGACCUCUCUGCUCUAGCCGGAGGAGGUUGGCACUUCACCUUUUCCCUGUGUGCAGUUCUCUCAGGGAACGCACCAGGAUCUCCAUUCUUCUUUGCCGAAAGCGAAGGAGAAAAGGAGGACAGAACCUUCGAAAAUGUUGACCAUCAGGAGGGUGGAAACUCUGGUUUCCAUCAACCAGCAACUAGAUCAAGCUCCUGGAUGCGGUCGGGAUUGCCUCGGCAACUGCUGCAUUCCUGGAGCUAAGUUGCCGCUUUACACUUUCGGAGUCAAAAAAAAUUCAAGCCUUCACAAGGGAGUGCACACCAACAAUGGAGAUCACUGUAUACCGGGUGGUGUGGGAAAACCGAAUGGCUAUGGAAUUGACGAUUCUCAGCAAGAGAAUUAUUUUCUGGAUGAGUUGCUCCUUGCACAGUGGGAGGAUCGCAUGGUCCGGGGGCUUUUCCGCUAUGACGUAACAGCCUGUGAAACAAAGAUGCUGCCUGGAGAGUAUGGUUUUAUUGCACAGUUGAAUGAGGGUAGACACUCACAGAAACGCCCCACAGAGUUUCGCGUUGACCAAGUUCUUCAAGCUUUCGAUCCGAAGAAGUUCAACUUCACCAAAGUAGGACAAGAGGAGGUCUUGUUCCAGUUUGGGCCUAGUGAAGAUGAAGUCAGUGAUUAUUAUGAGAAGGCUCCAGUGCUAGCCAGUCCGAACGUGAUUGCCAUUAAUGUUAGCCCUAUCGAGUAUGGUCAUGUUCUGCUGGUUCCUCGAGUGUUGGACCGCUUACCACAACGAAUUGAUCAGGACUCAUUCUUACUGGCUUUGCACAUGGCUGCUGAGGCAAACAAUCCGUAUUUCCGCCUAGGUUACAACAGCUUGGGUGCAUUUGCCACAAUCAACCACUUGCAUUUCCAGGCCUACUAUCUGGCAGCUCCCUUUCCGAUUGAAAGAGCACCUACUGUGCGAAUCCCCUACGGCAGAAAGAAAGGUGGUGUCAAAGUGUACGAGCUUACCGAGUUCCCUGUCAGGGGCCUCGUCUUCGAGAUCUGCAACAGCAUGGAAGAUCUCUCUGAAGCUGUCGCUAACGCCUGCAUCUAUCUUCAAGAUAACAACAUCCCUUACAAUGUUCUCAUCGCCGAUCGGGGCUCCAGGGUGUUUCUCCUCCCUCAGUGCUUUGCUGAGCGACAAGCCCGAGGUGAAGUUGACCAAGAGAUUCUCGACACCCAAGUCAACCCUGCCGUGUGGGAGAUAAGCGGACACAUUGUGCUCAAGAGGAGGAAGGAUUACGACAUGGCCACCGAGGACUAUGCCUGGAAGUUACUGGCUGAGGUCUCCCUUCCACAAGAGCGGUUUGACGAAGUGAAAGCAGAAUGCUUGAAGGCGGCUUUUGACGGAUGUCACCAGGGAGAUGUUGUGAACGUAGGAGCUUGCAAUGGCAUCGAGAAUGGCAACCACAAAGCCAGUGUGAAGGACAGUUUCAAGACCAGCUCUAUGGAUUCUAUUGUGCCUGGAGAAGGGGUCGGUGUGGAAGGUUAGGAGGGUUGGCCUUUUCGUCUCGACUCAGUUCAGCGACACUUGACUAUGGCCGCGUCUGUAUGUGUUAUAUGAUCUCUGUUAUGUACUUGUAUGUCGAAGUUUUUCUUGUUUGGUUUUGCCAGGAACCAUAUUUCACAUGUAUCCUGUACCAUAAGUUGGAGCUUGAGUAAGAAGUGGGUCUCAUUCCUUCAAGCAGACUACUCAAGAACUCUUAACAAUUUUUGUCACCCUUUUGGUUGGCGAACAUUUUUUAAUAUGUAGAUUCUACCAAGAUACUAGACACUGUUUUAUAUUGUCUACACGUGUAUGCUCACUUUUGGUACGACAGUUGAAUCAUGAAUGCCUCUACUUUUAAGUAUGAGAUUCAUCUCUAUUGUACUUUCUAGCGAUUUGGUGGAUUAAUAAAACUUUCAUCGUCACUGCGAUGUGACCAUGUUUAUUACUCUUUGAAAAA